AUGAUUGCUGGCGCCCAUCCGCGCACAGAGCCAUUCCCCGCGGGACCGAGCCCGUUCAUCCCGGUGCCACUCACGCAGGGCGGGGAAGGCAGAAGGGCGUUCCGAGGAGCUGCCCCUUGCUCCGGGCUGGUCCCCGAAGACCGGCGCUUUCCCGGACGGCCGGGCCAGUUUCGUUUCCCGCUGGCUCCUCCUCCGCCUCCGCCCGCCUUUCUCCGCCCUGCUCCCGGCUCCCUGCUCCCGGCUCCCUGCUCCCUGCUCCCGGCUCCCGGCUCCCGGCUCCCGGCUCCCGGUUCCCUGCCCCCUGCCCCGGGCUCCCGGCUCCCGGCUCCCUGCUCCCGGCUCCCUGCUCCCGGCUCCCGGCUCCCGGCUCCCGGUUCCCUGCCCCCUGCCCCGGGCUCCCGGCUCCCGGCUCCCUGCUCCCGGCUCCCGGCUCCCGGCUCUCUGCUCCCGGCUCCCGGCUCUCUGCUCCCGGCUCCCGGCUCCCGGCUCCCGGCUCCGGGCCCGGCGAUGCUGCGGCGCUGCGCCCCGGGGUCACCGGGCCCCCGGCCCGUGGUCCGCGCUCUGCCGCCCUCCGCCAGCGCCCUCCGCCAGCGCCUGCGCCAGUGUGCGGGACGGAUCCCAGAGGCUGAAGCAGUACUCGACCUGCUGGAGAAAUGUCCAGAGCACCAAAAAAAAGGAGGUUUUCCCGUCAUAGUUUUUGAGGGGCUGGAUGCCACAGGCAAAACCACGGUGACCCAGGCUGUUAAGGACACCCUGAAUGGUGUUCUGCUGCGGUCCCCACCAGCCUGCAUCAGCCAGUGGAGGACGGUAUUUGAUGAUGAGCCAACACUCGUUAAAAGAGCAUUUUAUGCUGCGGGCAACUACAUUCUGGCGUCAGAGAUAGCAAAAGCAUCCACUCAGGCACCUGUGAUCGUAGACAGAUAUUGGCACAGCACAGCUGCCUACACAAUUGCUACUGAAACAAGUGGGGAAGUCCAGGAUCUUCCACCAGUUCAAGAUGAAGUGUAUCAGUGGCCUGAAGAUCUGCUUAAACCUGAUCUUGUUCUUCUCCUGACUGUUGACCCUGACGAACGAGUCCGGAGACUUCAGCAUCGGGGGCUGCAGAAAACAAAGGAGGAAGCUGAGUUGGAAGCUAACAAUUUGUUUCGCCAAAGAGUUGAAGAGUCAUACAGAAGGAUGGUGAAUCCUGCAUGCCAAGAGGUUGAUGCCAGCCCCUCCAAAGAAGAGGUUCUCAAGACAGUGCUACAACUAAUUAAGAAACACUGUGCUUUUUGAAAGCAACUUUUGUGUAGUAGCACUUAAAAGAUACUUUUUAUUGCCCCACUGGUUUUGGUACCUGGAAAUGCACAGUGAUGCAUUUUGCCUCACAGAAAUACUGAAUACUAUUUUAUUCUUUCACCAGUAAUCUGUGCAGGUUAUCUGUUUUGUGGUUGCUACUGUACUUUUCUGUAUAAGGCAAAAUGCUACUCACAUCAUUCAGCAUUGUUAGUAAAGAAACAAACAUACUACUGUCAUGUACGAAGUACCUCAGAGUGCUCUCUGACACCAGGACAUUUUGAGAUGCUAUCAUGAUGCAUCUUCAUCACCAGGAGAACCUGUUCCUGAAUCUAUUGUGUACCAAAAUUUGCUGGACUGCAUCAGGAGCAUUAGAUGCCCAAGGAGAUGCUGAAAUAUCAUCAGCACUAAAACAAUAAAAUGACAUUUCAUUGUAAUUAAAUGUCAUAACAUUUAGGAACAGAAAAUCCAGUGGCCCAGUGCUGUUUUUUUGGAAUAGAGGAUGAGCAGCUGUUGCUGUGAUGGGCAUCUUGGAAAAAAACAUGUUGUAAAUGAGUGCCAGUAAACACCAAGGGCUCUAAGUAAUAAAGUCCAAGCCUGUUUAUAUAUGCAACUGAAAUAUCAGUUAUUUUCAGAGGGAAACCAGACAAUGCCAGCAAAUGAGAAACAGAGACCUGAGGGGAACCUGAAUUAAAAACUUAUAAAUGAUCACUAAAAUAUUUUUUACAAAAAUUUUUCUCUGUCCUAUUAAUAUUUUUAAUGUGAACUAGUGUUCUUUUGAGAGAAUGAGAAAUGAAAAACUGCAGAAAUUCUGAGCAAUGGCAAUGAUUGCACCUUUUCACUUUUCUUUCUUGAGUGGGUGUUUGCACAGGUUGAAUGUGGAAGCAGGCUACAUCAAGACUUCAGGUCUGCAAAGGCUUAUUUUUUACAUACAUUAGUUUCACUAUUGUAACUCCUAAGUAUAAAGCUAAACUUAUGGAUAAGACUUUGUGAGGUCAGAAAUUAAGCUGCAGUUUCAGAAAAAAAAACCAAACUAAAAUGUAAAUUUGGCUUAAAGCACUUUUAUUUACUUUCCUGUUUUAAGCAAGUGCAAUUAUCAAUGAAUCUAUCUUCUAAAUAAAAAUAUACUCAGUACUGUAAUUCCUAUAUCCAGUCUGUAUAUACACGGUGAUAGAAAGAAAAACUUCUAAAAUACAUUUUAUUCAUACACUGUUUAAUGGUUUUGAGUAUGUUAUUAAUAUAUUAUAUAAUUUAUACAUUCUAUAAAUUUAUAAAUCCUAGAAAUAGAUGCUGUUGUGUUUUGUAUAUUAUUUGUAUUUCAGCAGCCUUUGGAUUUGCCACACAUGCAGACUGAAAAUGCACACUUGUAGAUGCUCCAAUUAUUUUAGAAAUUAUAAAGCUUUCAUGUAUUCAGUCCUGGAUAGAGGAAAUUCUCAUCCAGAAGACACCACUGCAUAGGAAUGAUCAGGGUGCAAAUAUGUGCCUGUCCUAAACAUUGUGUAGGUAAAAGAUAACCGGGCCUGAGAAACUCCACUGGCCUUUUCUCCUUACGCAAAUGUUGUAAUGUAUUUGAACCCUGUUAGUGUGCCCCAGCCAAACCAUCUUCAGUUAUUCUUAUCAGAGCCCUCAGGAAUUCAUCGAGGUUACUGAAAUGCAAACUGCACUAAACUGGGAAAGAAGAAGCUGAGAAGCAGAAUACCAAGACAGCAAGAAAUAGAGAAGGACUGUGCCGCACUGGACUAGAACCAGUGACAUUUUCUGAAAAGUGCGUGCAGAGCGUGUGGACAAGGUAGAGGGACCAAUCAAGUAGUGUGUGAGCACGUGUACAGUGGUUGCAAAAUGCAUAAGUAGAGUGUAAUGUAAACAAUAAAUGGCUUCUGUGAAAUCAUA